AUGGCCGCUAUCAAUUUCACCAGGUCCAAGGAAGUCACCUCGAAACGAAAAUUGAUGCGGCAAAAACGAUGCCGUCGCAAAUCAAGUCUGAUGAAAAAGGCAUAUGAAUAUAGUAAAAUGUGGAGUGCAGACAACUCCUACUAUCCAACCCCAAUACUAGUGACAGACAAGGAUCUGCAGCAGUUUGAUAAAGAUACACCGCAGCGACCUAAACGAAGUCGUAAGACCAAAGCGAAACUUUAA